CAACAAAUGCAGACUUUUCUCACAACAUUGCAAGGUGUCUAAAUUUUAUUUCAUCGGCGAUCGUCGACUGAGGCAGUUGUCCAAGAUUUUCACCUCUGCAACAGAUAUGUCUUCACAAAUCAACGGCAUCCAAGCUUCCGAUCGUUCCCGCAGUUGUGUCGGACUUACAACACCUUUGAGUUCUCGACCUUACGGUGCAAAAUUAUUCAGAUCACUCAGUUUUAAUUCUUCAGGAGGUAGCUCGACCGGUAACCGCACCAUGGACUUAUCAUUUGACGAUAAUUUGCACGAAUUGACGUACCAAGUUAACGCUUUGGAGGAAAAGAUUACCCAUAUGGAUAUUGAUCAGAGACGGCACCAAUCUAAAACCGAAAAGGCUGUAUUGCACAGCCACGUCCUGAAUUUAGAAGAUAAGUUGAUCGAAAAUGAGGAACGUUUCAAAGAACGUUUUGCUGAAGAGCAACGCAAGUACAGGGAUUUACAAAAUCGUAUGCAAAGGGAAAUACAACUUUUGACUGAAAAUAAAGCUAUAUCUUUACAGAGUUUGGAAAAGGAAAAUGAAAGGCUGAAGGAGGAUAAUAGAAAUCUUCGUCUAGCAUUGGAAAGAAAAGACCAAGAUCAAAAAGUUCUGGAAGACAAAAUUCGUGAAAUGCGAGUGGAAUUAACAACUCAAAUGCAGAGUGCAAACAAAAAAAUUUUUGAAGCCAACGAAGAGUUGAGAAAAUACAAAAGCGAUUGUGAAUAUGAAAAAAGUGUACUGAAAGCUGAAAUAACUGAUUUGAAAGAAACGAUAGGCCAAAUGCGAACAAGGCGUGAUAGUGAGGAAUGUUUGGAGUAUCUUCAAUCUGAAAUUACUGAUUUACGCCAGCAAAAUAGAGCCUUGAAAGAAACUAACGAAGAAUUACAGUUGUGUUAUCAACAUGAAGAAACCCGAGAAUGCUGCAGCUGCCAAAAUAGUGACACCGACAGUUGCAAUUUAGCAGCAGAAUUAGAAGCUUUCGUCAGUGAACAAGCAGAUCUUACCAUGACAGACAUCCAAGAAGAAAAUGUACAACUGAAAAACUAUCUUGAAUGCUUAUUAGUCAAAAUUCUCAAACACUAUCCCCAAAUUUUAGAGAUCAAGAAAUGAUGAAAUGAUUUACCGUUGAAUUUUGGUAUUGCAUUACUAGUCCUAAUAUUUUAUAUAUUUAUAAAUUUUAACGCCGUGC